AUGGACUUUCCCGGAGGUGCGACGACCAACGUACAUCUGGCUGAUGGCUUCUCUACGAUCUACUGGAGAAUCUACACGGAAGAGCCCACCACUGCCAACCCGGCGGUAGAGGGCCCAGCCAAUGGCUAUACGAUCUUAAAGCAUCUUGGUCGCUUGAAGAAUCUGGAAGCCAGAUUGCGAAGUCUGAACUGUCUAGCGUCAUGCCCGAGGCGCCUAGGAUUAUGGGUAUUUUCCCCUACUCCGAACUUUGAAAGUUUGAACCCCUUGUAUGUGAAGGAAGGGGAUUCAGCAACGACGAAGAUCCUAGUGGAUACAACGAAUCUAAAAGUCUCCGCAUCGGGCAAUAUUACGUCCCAGAACUUGAUACGGAGCCUUUCAUCAGAGUCCCAAGAUCAAAAUGGGUCUCAAUCUGCCGGGUCGCAGAGACCACAGCAAGGCCAACCAUCAUCUCGGCGACCUGAUGGCUAUAGCGGCUCGGCGGCUAUAUAUGCAUCCUUCAUCUCGGCUGUCACUGGGGCGAUUAGCAUUCAUCUGAUCCGACGAUAUGGUGCUCUCCCGCUUGGAUCCCGCACACUAUUCACUCCUGUGGAGCAGCUUGGUUAUGAGAGCCCGCGAAUUGACAGCGAAAGCGUGCUUUCAAAAUCUUAUUUAACAACUCUGAAUGUUCAAUUAAAUGCAGCUGGAACUUUGACAGUCUCCCCGCAGACGAUAUCACAGGAGGGUAUCGUCCGACUAUGCAGCCCACGUGACGAUAUCUCAGAUGUCCUGAGAGUGCAACCAGGAUCUGAUCUCUGGCUCUGUCCCAAUGGGGCUGUUGCGAGACUUGUCACGGCUAAUCUGGAAUCCUCGACGGCCCCGUCACCAGGAUAUCAGAAUUCUGGGGACACAUUGACAAAACGAAGACAGUGGAAGGUGGAUGUCGUCCAGUGGCUUACGAACUUCGGAUUGCAGAUCGAGUCCGUCGACGAGGAACCAUGGGUCGAAGUCGAGGUUUGGGAGCCCUUCUUUGCAAGACUUGCUGGGGAAGCAUGGCGGCAAAAUGAGGAAUCUCAAUCUGCGCUUCCUCUCAAACGCAUGCUUUGGCCCGCGAGAUUUUGCUUCCGACGAUGCGGCCAACCGAUUCAGUCCUCCUGGCUCCGGGAGACCUUGGACGAUCCCCUUGAGUUCAUUGGGCAAUGGACUCCAGAAACCGGUUCCCUCAACCCAAACCAGAACCUGCAGACCAUUCCCACUCUAGAGGAACCUCAACCUAAAGACCACCAAAUGUCAUCUCCUAAGGUUGAUAAUGCGGAGAUCUUUGAAAGCCUCUCCCGAAUGUCUCAAUAUAAUGACUUGCAAACUACCAACCUGGUCUAUCCAACUCCACCUGAAGGUGCUGCGGCGAUGGGAAUAAACCACACGAAUCAAUCUGAUGCUUUCCCCGAUGAUGUCGAAUUCUUAUCACCAGCUGCGGCUCAUGACAGAAACAUCUCGAAUACCGAACCCCCAUCUAACGCCCCGAUUGGUACUGGCAAAUACGAUGCCAGCGAUGAUGACGAUCUUUUUGGGGAGAUGAAUGAGAGAGACUUUGGCUCCAAAGGAAUAACUGAUGCUGAUUUCAGCUUUUUUGAUGAACCGGAUCUCGAAGGUAUGGGUGAUGAGCCUUCUAUGGAUCACCUAGAAGAGACUCCUCAGGCACACUUGGAGUCGAAGGGCAUUGGAGAGGAGGAAAUGGAAGACCGUACAGUUCCAGAAAACGCCCCGCCAGAAAAUAUCGAACCUGCUCAACCACCCCAAGAGGAAGAAGCUCCUGAAGCAGUGCAAGAUACCGAGCCCGAACCGGCAGAUGUGCCAAUGACAUCCGCUUCCUCGGUUCAAUCCUCGCCGCGUCCCCAGAGCCAACCCAUUAGUCCCCCAUUAAGUCCAGUGGAAAUCAAGAAAAUCCUGUUUUCUAGACAACAGUCAGAUCACCAGGAGCAGUCCAAAGAUUCUCAUCAUCCUCAAGGGCACUAUCACCCCAUUGCCUUCGAAAAGAAGAUCGGAGACUGGGACCAGAAAUAUGGGGCAGCGGGCAAGUUUUGGUUCUCUACUGGUGUCAAACCAGACACUUCGGACAAAAACCCCAACACUAUCCCCACGGUUGGCAUUCCUCACCGUGGUCGAACUUCAGUGAGCCUCCCAAAACCAAAUGGCACAAAUGCUUCACCAUCAAUCCUCGAAGACCGGGAACGGUCUUCGUCGAUGUCAAGCAGUGCUAGUAGCGAAGACAGCUAUGGGUUGCCAUUGCAGCAUGCUCCGACGCCGCUAGCUCUCCCAACCUUGAAAAGAAAGCGUGUCUCUUCCGAAACCGAUAUCCAAUCCGUUGCAUCAACAGCCAAAUCAACUAGUGUGCCUGAGGUGAACUUGGGAUCCAAAGCUGAGAAUUCGACAUUUCUGGGGAACUUUCUUGCCAACUUCUCCGAUUGGACACUUACUGGUUACUUCUCUGCGUUGCAAAUUCAACAACUGCCCGUUCUUCUCCGCCGGGAGGAUCAAAUGCCAAUUGCUCAGCUCUUGGUCGACCAAAUAACACAAUCAUCUCUGGAUCAUGUCCUGGAUGGCAAUGUCGGUCUGUUUGGUCUGGAAAGCGACAGUCUGACUUUGCGAACGUGCAUGGAAGAUACAGGCUUCUUGGGUGAGAUGGCCAAGCUGGAUCUCAAGGGAUAUACGUCUCUGCAAGAUGAAACGGCCGCGGAGUCGACACAUCAGCCGUCCAAAGAACCGGCGCGAGUCCCCAUCUCAAAGGUUGCAGCUCCACAUCUUCGGGUUCGCCGUGGGAAGGAGUUUCUGGAAACCCUUCCGCCCGCUAUCUCGUUUUGGGAGACUUUCGGUCUUGAACCUGCUCGUGGGCCGAAAGAUAUUACGGCUUACUGCAUUCAUCCGAACUCCGCUUCAAAGGCUGCAGAUUCAUUCCUAUAUCGUUUUGGUCUUACAUAUCAAAGCUGCAACCUUGGUGACCAUUCACGGUGCGACAAGUCAAUGGCAUUCAAAAACGGAAUGAGGGCAUGGGAUACCGAGUCCAGCUACUCCUCUAUGAUGCAGGGUUUGAAAAAGCUGUGUGAAGAACUAGGCGCUGAUUUGUCGCAAUCCCCACCCUCCUCCGAUAAUUGUGUCGUUUAUAUUGUCAAUCCGUUCCCUCACGCGGCUGCAUUGGCGGACAUUUGCACGGCUUUCUGGCACCUUUUCCAACAAUUGUUGGCUAACGCCGACCUUCGACAGUCCCGACAGGUCAACGACGUUGCUUUGCAAAUUAUCCCAAUGAAUUUCAUCACAUCCGGGGAAUCAAUGGUUGUUCCGACUCAAACAGACUAUCUGGAUCUCGCUCUAGAGGUAUACGGUCGAUGCCGACCAAAGGAAGCAGAUCUGAGUCCUGUGGUGUGUGCUCCUGCGAUACUCCUCGCCGAUCCUCUGCCUAGAGCUCUCCAUUUCCGCCUUGCAUCCGAGAAAGGGUCACCAUUACAAGAUGGGCGUAGCCUCCAUAUUGCGUGCUCCAAAAGCUCAGAUCAACGUUGGAUGUCGGUGGCAUGGUCUGAUGGAACUGGGUCUAUCCAAACAACCAUGUCUUAUUGCCUCCGAUAUCGAAGCAAAGGCGCCGCUAGGACAGUUGCCGAGGUGCGCAAUGAGAUCUGGGCCACGACAAAGCACAUCAUGGAAAAGUUCCAGGCCCGUUGGAGGGUUGUGCUGGUGAACACCGAACCAAUGGAUCAAGACGACAUUGAAGGAUGGAGCGUUCUGGCCGACCAAGUGAACAAGAUGAGACCAGGAUCAUUGGAGUUGACCAUGGUCACCGUCAUCACCACCCCCGAUCUCACACUCGAAGCACCCACUUCAACCAUGACAACAGCCGUCCUGAAUCCCCAUUUCUCAUCAACCCCCGUCUCCACCCCUAACCCGAGUGCCAGCAUUGCCUCGCCCGAGCAAUCUGGUAACGCGCCAACACCCAGCGCAACCUAUAACGCCCCCACUCCAACCGAACCCUCCAUCGAACCCGACACAGACGUCGUUCUCACCGACAUCAGCGAUGAGUCAUGGGCAGUCAUCCUCUCCCAUCGCCUCAACAGCUCACCUCAUCUCACCGAGUUCCGCCCUGCGCUGGCUAGCGGGUAUCUCCUCCGCCGCAAAGGCACAACAGACGGCGAAGGUGUCUUCUCCAUGACCGUCAACCUCGUAUAUUCCCAGCGGCCAUCUUCAUCUCACGGAAGCACUUUAAGGGAAACUUUGGGCAUGUAUCGCGAUCUAGCAUCUCUUGCCCGAGCGAGGGGCAUGCGCAGCGUGCAGAACAACACGCUGCCUUGGCAUAUAGCGACGGCUUUACGGGCUCAAGAGCUUUUAAGCUAUGUUUUCUAA